CUCAAGCAACCUUUGAUGCACUGUUAAAGGCACUGAUGGGCUUAUUUAGGUUUUCUAAAUCUAUGAUUGCCACUUUCAUAUAAUGGCCUCCAGAAAUAUUGAGAUGACCACUCCUCCCCUCUGCUUGGAAUCAGAACUCCUUUUUCUCUUUUUUCCCCUUCCAGUUGGCAAUUUUCCGCGCUGUGUCUAGAGUACCUAAUUAACAGCGCUCAGCAACUGACCAUACACGCGCAGGAAGAGAUUUUACAGAGGCAUUGUCAUGGCAUUGAACGGAAGAGAUGGUGCGGCAAUUCCUGUAGAAGAAGUGGCUAUUGAAAUAGAAGAAUUGGCAACUUCCUUAGAAAGAAUAAUGUCAGAUGACCUAUACAUGUCUCCCAAGUGUUGCAUCUUCAAAACACCUAAAAUACUCUCCAGGCAUAACGAAAAAGCUUAUAUCCCCAAUGCAUUUUCCAUUGGCCCGUUGCACCAUUCGAACCAAAAUCUUAAACGUACCGAGAAAAUCAAAUACAAAUAUUUGCGAGGCCUCAUCAAUCGAUCAGAAAAUCCAAAGAAAAAGCUAAGGGAAUUCAUCGAAGCUAUCCAGAGGAUUGAGAGCGAGGCUCGUGAGUGUUAUGCUGGACUUGUAAAGUACAACCCAGAUGAAUUUGUGAAAAUGUUAGUAGUUGAUGGUUGCUUCCUCAUUGAACUCUUCCGGAAAGAUAGCAAAUUGGUGCCGCGGGACGAAGAUGAUCCUGUUUUCACCAUGUCUUGUAUCUUUCAGUUUCUAUAUCAUGACUUGAUUUUGCUAGAAAAUCAAAUACCUUGGCUGGUCCUUGAUUGUUUGUUUGAGAUGACAAAAGAAGACAACGGUAAAAGCGAGCCUCUGGUUCAACUUGCUAUUGAAUUCUUCGCUAAUAUGUUCUCAUCGGCGCCAUCUCCUGUAUAUGAUCCCAAUCUGCUGGCAAAAAGCAAGCACAUCCUUGACCUUCUGAGAAACUGGUUGAUCGCGCCAAUUUAUCCAACGCAGAGCAAUGAAGUUUCAGAAUGGCAACCAUUCCCUUCUGCUACUGAAAUCAAAGAAUCUGGAAUCCUAUUCAAGAAACACGAAGACGCUAAAAGCAUUCUCGAUAUCAGGUUUGACAAGGGUAUCCUUGAAAUACCAAACCUGCUAAUUCAAGAAACAACAGAAACUAUCUUCAGGAACCUUAUCAGCUUCGAGCAAUGCUCGCGGGAAUAUCCUCCCAUAGUCACUUGCUAUGCGAUUCUUCUUGAUAAUCUCAUCAACACUGUAAAAGAUGUCAACAUACUUUGCAGCAGUGAUAUCAUAGAUAACUGGCUGAAUCCAGAAGAUGCAACCCAAUUCUUCAAUAAGCUCUAUCUGGACGCUUAUGUGAAAAUUUUCUACUAUCUUAACCUCUGUAAGGAAGUGAAUGCCUAUCGCAAACGCAGGUGGCCUAGAUGGCGAGCAGCUUACAUGCACAACUAUUUUGGCACUCCAUGGGUAAUUGCUUCUCAGAUAGUUGCUGCAAUUGUUUUGAUUCUUACUUUCUUGCAGACCCUGUUUUCCAUCAUUUAACGAUAGUCCUUCCAAUUUUCUUCUAUGCAUCAGUUUUAUUGAUUGAUAAAUAAAAUUGCGCGUUAAUGUAUAUGAGCUUUUGUCUGAAUUUCCUAGAAAUUUUAUCAUGGUAUCAUGAAAUCAAUUGAAACUUUUCUUUCUAUUAUUUUUUUCAAAAAAAGUAAACUUGGAUCUGUUGACCCAUAUUUCUUUUAAUUUCUAGAUGACAGCGGCAUAAGUCUUAUUAAAUUCAAUUCGACAUAUUAUAUUAGACAAUCUAAUGAACCGAGCAUUUUUUUUUUUUUUUAUCUUUUGAGAAUCCGACCACAUCUUUGUUAAACUUAAAUUUAUUUAGAGCAUUAAUUGAACGCCAGGAAAGGAAUUUCGGCAUAGCUGCUGAUAUUUGAACCUCAUC